UUCACGGAUCGGACAGCACUAUCACUCCAGACGGCAUUAGGGCUACAUCUAUCUCUCUCUUAAACUAGUACACCGGUAGUCCUAUUUUCUCACAAUGCCUUUCUCUGAAUUAUAUUUUAAUGUGGAUAAUGGAUAUCUGGAGGGGCUGGUGAGAGGUUUUAAGGCUGGUAUUUUAUCUCAGGCGGAUUAUUUGAAUCUCGUUCAGUGUGAAACUCUGGAAGACUUGAAGCUUCACUUGCAGAGCACUGACUAUGGAAGCUUCCUGGCCAAUGAAGCCUCUCCCCUCACUGUCUCCGUCAUUGAUGACAAGCUUAAAGAGAAGAUGGUGGUUGAGUUCCGCCAUAUGAGGAACCAGUCUUAUGAGCCUCUGGCCAGCUUCAUGGAUUUCAUCACAUACAGCUAUAUGAUUGACAACGUCAUCCUGUUGAUCACUGGAACUCUGCAUCAGCGGGCCAUUUCAGAGCUGGUGCCCAAGUGCCAUCCGCUUGGCAGCUUUGAACAGAUGGAGGCUGUUAACAUUGCCCAAACUCCAGCAGAGCUCUAUAAUGCCAUCCUGGUGGAUACACCACUUGCUGCUUUCUUUCAGGACUGCAUCUCUGAGCAGGAUUUGGAUGAGAUGAACAUUGAAAUAAUUCGCAACACUCUUUACAAGGCUUAUCUAGAAGCUUUCUACAAGUUCUGCACCUCACUAGGUGGCACAACUGCAGAUACCAUGUGCCCAAUUCUGGAGUUUGAGGCAGACAGAAGAGCUUUCAUCAUUACCAUUAACUCCUUCGGUACGGAGCUCUCCAAAGAAGACAGAGCUAAACUCUUCCCUCACUGUGGCAAGCUCUACCCAGAGGGUCUUGCGCAGCUAGCACGCGCAGAUGAUUAUGAGCAGGUUAAAGCUGUGGCUGAAUACUACCCUGAAUACAAGCUUCUCUUUGAGGGAGCUGGCAGCAACCCAGGAGACAAAACCCUUGAGGAUCGUUUUUUUGAACAUGAGGUGAAACUUAAUAAGCUGGCCUUCCUGAAUCAGUUUCAUUUCAGCGUGUUCUAUGCCUACGUCAAGUUGAAGGAGCAAGAGUGCCGAAACAUUGUGUGGAUUGCCGAGUGUAUUGCCCAAAGGCAUCGGGCUAAGAUUGACAACUACAUCCCCAUAUUCUAAUGGCAAACAGUCACAGCCCACUGCAAGUGAAGGAUGCAGGGAGUUUCAGGAAAACAGGAGAGUUUGUUUAAGUGAAAUGCAAAUUCGAGACAUCUUAUUGUGUUAAACUCUUCCUGUGGUAGGCUAAGAAAACAUACAUUCCAUUAUCAUUAUUUAUACAUUGCAUACUUUUUCAAUUAAUGUACAUAUUCAGAUGAUAAACUCUCUGAACUCAUGAUCUCCCAGUAUCCACAUCUGAGGAGUGUUAGAGAAUCAUUUACAAGAAUGAACUUUUGAAACACGAACAGAAUUAAUUUCUGUGUAAAUCAAAUUGUGUAAUUGUUGUAUUUGUUUGAACUGCGUGCUUACAUAAGAACGGAUUUAUGAUUGAUUUACUGAGUCAUUGUUUUGCUUGUGUUUCUUGAGUAAGAAUCAAUGGGAUUAUCCUUAUAAAAAAGAGAGAAUUGCUGGGAAUUAACACUGAAAAGUGUUCUUUUGUGUGUAUAGAUUCUUCACCAUGUCUGUUUGUUAAAAUGAGAGUUGUGAGCUUCCCGUUUGUAAAUUCGUGCUAAUAUUUGUGCUGGCAUAAUUUAUGGAGUAGAUCAUAUUUUAUGAUUGACAGCUGAGUCAGUGAGGUCAUAUGGAUCUAAUAUUAAAAAAAAGACCUUGCUCUCGGCUAAAUCUGUUGUAACCAUGUUGUCUGUGUUUUAAGUGAUCUAAAUUAAAUCAAUAUAAAUAUAUACACUAUAUAUAAAGUAA